AGCAAUGUAGAUAAAAGCCAAACUGUAACUGAGGAUCGUUUUUUAAAUAUUUUGUCAUAUAAUGUACAUGGGCUAGAAAACAAAAUGCUAUACGUAGACUUUUUUAAGUAUAUAAACAGUUUUGAUAUAUUUUUUCUCUUGGAAACUCAUAUUUGCGCGGAUAAAUGUGAAAAAUUUAGUAAAUACUUUGGCGAUUUUGAAUUAGUUUGGCACUAUGCUGCAAGAAAUUCACGGUUUGGAAGAGGAAUUGGUGGUUGUUUAAUCGGAAUAAGGAAGGAUCUGAAAAAGUUUGGUGUUCAACAUACACAUACAACUGAACAAGGAAUAAACGUAAUAAAGAUUAUUAUUAAUGGCUUAAAAUUUAACAUCAUACCAAUGUACAUGAGAUUACAAACUUGGAAAGAAGAAUUCUUAAAAAUCGACUCUAUACUCAGGGAAUGUAGCAUUGAAAAUCCCAUAAUAAUUGGCGACUUGAACGUGAGAAUUGGAUCAUUGCAAAAAAACAUCGAUGAAAUUUUUAAGGAGACAUUUCAUGCUGGUCUUGAGGAAAGGAGAUCAAAAGAUGCGGAAAUAAAUUCAAGAGGAAGAGACUUCUUGAAGCUUUGUUAUGACCACGGGCUGGUAAUUGCAAAUGGAAUGACAAAUGGCGAUGAAAUUGGAGAAUUCACCUUUGUAAGUACAGUUGGAACGUCGGUCAAUGAUAUAUGUGCGAUCUCACAAGAACUUUUGUCGAGAGUACACAGAUUUACAGUUGGGAAUAAAAUCUGGUCAGAUCACAUGCCAAUAAUUUUAUCGAUGAUAUAUAGAAGUGAAAAUAUACCGGAAAAACUCAAUACACUGUUACCAAAGCUUAACUGGGAUAAUCGCAAAUAUUUUGAAUACCAGAAUGAAAUAAACAAAAUCCUUACAACGCGCAGACAACUCUCCCCUUAUUCAUUCUCCGAAAUAGCGGAAAUAAUACAAGAAGCACAUCGAUCUAUAGCUACGACAACAAUGACAUUUUCAGGUCGUGAAAAAUGGUUCAACGUUACAUGUUUUAACGCAAGGAAAAAAUCUUUUGAAUAUUUGGAUAAAUUUAGAAAGUACGCUAGUCGUGAAAAUAGAGAAAAGUAUGUAUACUUUAACAAACGGUAUAAAGAAAUUUGUGAAAAUGCCAAAGCCCAAUAUAAUAACAGAUUGGAAAGAAAGAUAGACGAGGUGAAAGAUUCUCAUGAUUGGUGGAAGAUCGUUAGGGAGCUGAGAAACGAAGAAAGGUGUGGUAGCAUACCCGUGAAAACGGAGGACUUAAAGAAUUAUUUCCAACAACUGCUAACCCACACAAAAAAUUUUCCAGAUAUUCAUUACGCCUAUAUACACUGGAGAGAUGAUGACUUGGAUAGGGAAAUAUGUUUGAUGGAAGUUAAAAAGGCCUUAGGCAAAGCAAAGCUAAAUAAAGCACCAGGAGAAGAUCGUGUGCCAUACGAAUUUUAUAAAUACGCAACUGAUGAAUUGCUACAAGAAAUAACAUGUACUUGCAACGUUAUUUUCGAAAAAGGAGAAGUAGACAAGUCGUUCGUUAGAAGCAUUAUUUACCCAAUAUUUAAAAAAGGUGACAAAACUCUUCCCAAUAACUACCGUGGAAUAUCAUUCAUGAAUUGCUUACCAAAAGUGAUGAUGGGUAUUGUCAAAGAUCGACUGGCUAAUUGGUCAGAAAAACAUGGAAAAAUAAAUGAAUAUCAAGCUGGAUUUCGUAAAAAUUACUCUACCGUUGAUAAUUUGUUCAACUUAUCCUCAAUAAUACACUUAAACUGGCACAAAAACAAAAAAACCUAUGCUUUCUUCGUAGAUUUUAAAGCUGCGUUUGACCGAGUAUCUCGAAAAGCCAUGAUAUACAAACUUCAUACCAUAGGAGUAUCAACAAAAGCCAGGAACUCUCCAGUGAUUUUAAUACAACCACAGGUGUUAAACAGGGCUGCUUAUUAUCUCCUCUCCUAUUUGCUUUGUACCUCAAUGACCUACAUGAAUACAUUGGUGGUGGUACCACAGUGGAUGAUCAAAAUAUUCGACUUCUGAUGUAUGCCGAUGAUAUCGUCAUCCUAGCUGACGAAAUAGACGUGAUGCAGCGUAUGAUACAAAAACUGGAGGAAUAUUGCAAAAUAUGGAACAUGGAGGUUAACAUGGAGAAAUCAAAAAUAAUGGUAUUUCGGAAGGGAGGAAAGCUUUCGAGUAAGGAAAAGUGGCUGUAUAAUGGAACAGAGAUCUCAAUUACAUCGGAAUAUUCUUACCUGGGGUUGACAUUUACACCUAAACUCUCACUCCGGAAACAAAUACAGGAGAGAAAUCAAUUAGCCAAAAAUAGCAUCAACACCACUUGGAAUUGUUUCUUAUCAAAACCUAAUGUGUCCAUAAAAACAAAAUGGAAACUCUUCUUGGCCAUUAGUAGGUCUAUACAAUCAUAUGGA